CCCCUCGACGAGGAUAUGGAUUCAACUGCCAUGGCAGAGGCGAUGGGUUUCUCCGGCUUUGGGAUGCAGCCAGGGGCCAAAAAGCGCAAGUUCAACCCUCAUGCAGACGCCUCCGUCUCUGGCCUUCCAAAGAAGCCCAGCGCAGCCGGCAGCAGAAAUACCACGGGCGCCAAUUCUGCGCCGCUGGGCCAGAGAUCUCUCCCGCCGCCGUCUGCCAGCCUGCCCUCCCGGCCUCCUAUCGCGGCUGUCCCGAGACAUGCGCAGAAUCAACGCCAAUCUGGGAGACGGAUGCGGGGAUCGGACCAGAAUGCGGAUGAUCAGCCUUGGUGGGAAGGUUAUUACGACGCCAAGAUGAAUCAAAAUCCAUGGGAGAGGCUGGAGAAGCAAAGAGGGCUAGAGCCGCGUGGUACGUGGCUGACGAGACACACCAAUGCGAAUGCU